AUGAAUGACAAUUUAGCAAUCAUCGCUCUUUCUUUUUCCGCGGCAAUUGGUGUACUACUCGUCGUUCUUGGGUGUGCUUUGGAAGAAUACGGGGUAUGGUGGCCUUUGUUUGUGUUGUUUUUUUACGCCCUAGCCCCAAUACCAACUGUCAUUGCCAAAAGAUUUUGUGAAGAUUUUUCGUCCAAUGCUGCCAGUAUUGUUAAAGAAAUUGCAAUGUUUUUCACUGCUGGAAUUGUUGUCUCAGGGUUUGGUCUUCCAAUAGUUCUUGCACAUAGUGAAAUUAUAAAAUGGGGAGCUAUGGCAUUGGUGUCAUCUGGAAACGUCUUCAUCUUUGUAACAAUUCUGAUUUAUUUUAUUGUUUUCUCUGGUGAAGAUGACUGGGGCUUUUGAAGAGACACCAGUUGUACACUUCUCAUUUUUUUUUUAAGUGUAUAAAGUAUUGCAAUUAUCAUUUUGUACA